GGCUGAUUUCGCUUAUGCUCAGCUACAAAUGGCUGCUGGUAGAUUCACUUUCGAAUGACGGACAUCGUUGAUUGGUUUGUCGAUCUCUUAUUCGGCAUUGCAGAUCCAGAUUUCGAACCACCAAAGAGAAAGAUGGCCUCCUACUCGCAAUAUCUCACCAAAGAGAAGGAAGAUGAACUUCGAGGCAUUGCCAAUGCUAUCGUAACCCCUGGAAAAGGACUACUUGCUGCUGAUGAGUCAACUGGAAGUAUGGAGAAACGUUUGAAAAGCAUUGGCGUGGAAAAUACAGAAGAAAAUCGAAGAAAGUAUAGACAGCUUCUAUUUACUGGCAAUCCUGAUCUCGGAAAACAUAUUUCUGGAGUUAUCAUGUUCCAUGAAACAUUCUACCAGAAAGCUGACGACGGCACUCGAUUUGUUGACGUACUUAAAAAGCAGGGUAUUAUACCUGGAAUUAAGGUGGACAAAGGCGUUGUUCCAAUGGCUGGAACUGUCGGAGAAGGCACUACACAAGGACUGGAUGAUCUGAAUGCCAGAUGCGCUCAGUACAAGAAAGAUGGCGCCCAGUUUGCAAAAUGGCGCUGCGUCCACAAAAUCUCCACCACCACACCAUCACACAUGGCUCUUGUAGAAAUCGCUGAAGUUCUUGCUCGCUACGCAUCUAUUUGCCAACAAAACGGGCUUGUUCCCAUCGUAGAACCUGAAAUCCUACCCGACGGCGAACACGACAUUCAUAGAUGCCAAAAGAUCACCGAAACCGUUCUAUCGUACUGCUACAGGGCUCUGAAUGACCAUCAUGUCUACUUGGAAGGAACACUUCUGAAGCCAAACAUGGUUACGGCAGGGCAAGGAUUCAAAGGGAAGAAACCAACACCCGAAGAAGUUGGAAAGGCCACGGUUACGGCUCUACAGCGGUCGGUACCUGCGGCAGUACCCGGGGUUGUCUUCCUUUCUGGUGGACAAUCUGAAGAAGAGGCCACUCUGAACUUGAAUGCUAUGAACAAAGUGGAGGGCAAGAGACCAUGGGCUCUCACAUUUUCUUACGGACGAGCGCUACAAGCUUCUACCUUGGCUAAAUGGGCCGGAAAAGAUGAAAAUAUCAAGGCCGCACAGGCUGUUCUACUACAACGAGCACAGGCAAAUUCGUUGGCAUCGGUUGGAAAAUACACCGGAAAUCCAAAUGCGGACGCGGCUGCUUCAAAAUCGCUAUUCAUCGCAAAUCACGCCUACUAAUCUCAGUGAUAUAUAUUAAGGGAUUAGAAUGUGUUAUUGAUGUUUGAUGUAUCAGCGUGCAUAGUCUCUAGCGAUGUAAUGAAGAUGGGUAGUG